AUGAAAGAUGAUACAAGGAAGAAGAAGUCAGCCCAUCGGAUUGGGGAGGAUGCUGAAUACUCGUGUGAUAUGGAUUUGCCAACGGAGGGCUUGGAAAUGGAGACCAAAGCCUUCUUGCUCCAGCAGUUGGAUGAAAGGGGAGGGCCAAGAGCUUGCAACCGACAAAACAAGCUACUCAAUAAUCUUUGUUCAGAGUUUCCAGCAACGUUGGGUAUCACCGGCUCCGUUCGUAGAGCUCGCACUAGCUAUCUUGUUGACCGAUGGAAGAGGGAUCAAGACUUUGGCACAACACGGGCUAACCUAUUGGCUUCUUUCAAACUACUUUCUUUGCAGUGCCCCCAACCAAAGCAGGAAGACUUGGACGAAGCUACAGCUGAUCAGGUGCCGGAGGAGACGACAUCUACUGCCGUCGUGCCAGUCGUGAAGAAAUCAAAAGCAACAACGAAGCCGGUGAAAGUCAAAUCAUCUCCAAGCAUCAAGAAGAAAGCAACCAACAAGCAACCAGACGCAACCAUGUCAGCAAACAUUGGUAGCCCCAUCAAGCUUAUCCUUUCCUCCGCAAACAGGGAUGAGCAGGACAAAGAUCUUGAAGUCUAUUUCGACAUCGAUCUUGAAAAUGAAGAAGCUCAUGGCGACUAUCUUGUCACAAUGUCGACAGAGGAACGUGUUGGCAAGAUGCAAGCAAGUGCUAUUGUUGUUGUCCGUCCAAACGUAGCUCCUGAAGACAUCAAGAGCUUGUCGGCAACUUACACCAAGGAUUCCAUCUCGAUCAUUGGUCCAUCCAAAAUGCAAGGAUUCUUAGAAGCUGCCUCCGGCAAGGAUGGAUGGCUUACCUGUCUCAAGAAAGUCGAGGGCCGAUUUGAAGCAGCAAAGCUUCACACUACUUUGAAAUCAAUGGUGACAAAACUUAAGAAGAAGAACCGCAACAAGACAACCUACAUUAGUCUGACUGACAUUGGCAUUGCUGUCUCUAACGAAUACUUCUCGCCUGGAUGCCCCAAAGGAAAACUCAAGCUCAUUCCUCUACCUUACAAGACCAAAGGCAAGAAUGGUGAAUCGGUUACUCGCAUGCUGGCUGUUUGGAGGGCCUACAUUGUUGGAACUCUUGGUGCUGUCGAGGAAGAGGAUCAGACUGCCGGAGACGAGGAUCUUUUGAAUGAGCUCUUGAAUCUCAAUAGUACGACUUAG